UGCGUUGUGGAGAAUAAAGUUCUUCAGAGUUCUCAGCUAUCUUGUGUUCAGGAAUCAGAUCUUCAGAAGACUAUUUAUCCAGCGAGGUUAAACUCAAUGGAUAUGUUACCUAGUUCUUCUUUGACUGGUCUUGGUGAAGUACCAUCCACAGCAGAUUUAUUUAUGCGAGGGCGCCUUGCGAAACUGGAGCUAAGCGAUGGAAACAACGUCUAUGCAAAACUGGUGGUAGGUGCCGACGGGUCCAAGUCGCGAGUGAGGGAGUUGGCAGGGAUCAAAACAACAGGAUGGAACUACUCUCAGAACGCUAUAAUCUGUACAGUUGAGCACACUGUCGAAAACUUCACUGCAUGGCAACGGUUUUUACCCAAUGGACCCAUCGCACUUCUUCCUGUUGGCGACAAGUUUAGCAACAUAGUAUGGACUAUGGAUCCAACAGAGGCCUCAGAUCGCAGAUCCAUGAGCGAGGAUGACUUCAUCAAAGCUGUAAACGACGCUCUGGAUUAUGGAUACGGCCCACAUCCAGAGACAACAAGUUCAGGAGGUAGUAGUCUCUCUUGGCUUACAGGAGAUGUGAACAUAUCUGCCAAGGAGAGGUUUGAAACUCCACCAAAGGUUGUGAAGCUUUCAUCAGAAAGAAUGAUGUUUCCUUUGUCUUUAAGG